AUGGCUGAGGUCAUGUCCAAAACGCCCUCACCUCCCCCGCGUGUCAGGACGCCGCAAACGCCCAAGUUUGGCACCUUUGGCGACAACUGGGAACCCUACUCCCCGCGCAAAUCCGCCCGGAUCGCCAACCGCACACCUUCACCCCAUGCAUCUACUUUUUCAGCAGCAUCCCGCAAUUCUGCAUCGAGGAAAUCCACCUUUUCUACACCCGGCGCCUCACCCCAGAAGAAGCGCGCACCCGCCAUGGAUUCUGUUCGUCGCGCCUCCGGCGUCACCUUGACUGCCGAGGGUUCUGCUACUGCAGCUGAUCUGCUGGGCAUCUCGUCCCGGUCGCAGAACAAGACCACAACUGCCAUGCUCCCCACCCCUGCCAAGACCCCGCGCAAGCAGUCCGACGAGAAGGUCGACGCCGGCGUCCGCGCCAUCGCCCGCAACCUCUUCUCCAGUGAACCGGCAGCCGAGGCGCUGCCGUCCCCGCGCAAGAAGAAGGCCAAGAAGUACACCGGCAUCUCGUUGGAGAGCUUCAGAGCCGAGGACGCUGAGGAGGACAUCGCCAUUUUCACCGACUCUCGUGAUCGACUGCCCAAGGUCGACGACAGCGCCGAGAACCCCUUCUUCGGUGAGACAGUCGCCAACCCAGAGCCUACCAGGCGCCGCAGCACCCGACCCAAGAAGGUGGUCAUUCCUGGCUCAGGCAGAGUACCAGUGGAGGAUGCAGUCAAUCGUGAGGAUGGCACUGUCUACGUAUUCCGCGGAAAGACCUUCUGGAAGCCCAACAGUGAUGUAAACCCCGCUGAUGAGCUGGACGUGGAUGGUGAGAGCUCAAUCCAGCGAUCUGGAUCGCCACCUCGACGGACUACGCGCUCGUCAAUCAAGCCACGACUUCUCUUCCCUCCGGCCGAGAAGCUUCGGCAAAGCCAUAACACUGACGACGAGGAGGCCGCCACCGAUAUUGAGGAUCACAUCAUGAACCCCACUGUUCAGCUUGAGGAGGAGCAAGUCGACACACCAGUCGAACAGAAGGCCCCAGACACGCCCGCAGCGCCCCGCUUCGCACCUGCAUCUCCUCCGACUACUGGUCGGGCGACCCGUGUGAGCCAGAAGCCACCUGCCGAGCACACUCCGGUGAAGCGCCCUUCCAAGGCCCGCAGCCCCUUCGACAGCUGGCGACGCGCCAAGAGCGGCACUGCGCCGCACGGCCAGAAGCGAGAGGCCGAAGCUGCGCUGCCGAACGAGGGAGCAUCGAAGCGUCAACGUGCUUAG